AUGCGGCCGAUCCGCGUUUCUCUCACCGCCCAGCGGACCGACGUCUUGCCUACGGCACACGCCAACCUGUCAAAUUCCUCGCCCUCCGAUUCCCCCCUCCAUCUUCUCUCUCCGCUGUCUGUCUGCUUUCCGCAAGUUCCCUGUCUCUCUCUUCUUUUCGCAGCUCCCCUCUCUAUUUCUCUCUCUCUUUUCGCAGGCUUAAACGAGGAUCUGAAGUAUUUGUUAGACGCAAACAAAUACUGGAGACAAGCUGACUUGGAUCAACGCCUCGCACUUGCAUGUGGGCAUCCUCAAAUUUCGAAAGGCGAAAUGAAGGCGGGCUGCGGUCGCUUCAUGAUGGAGCAUUACCGCACACUCAAGCACGAACUGUACAGACGGUACACUCCAGGCUACGAAGAGCACGAAGAGCUCCUCGCAGUGCGCGAUUUCUGCGAAACUCUCAAAGCGUGUCGGCCGCAGCAGCUGACGCUGCACGAACACUACGCCCGCGCUGCCCAGCGCAUGGUUGGGGAAUACGAGGACAAGCAAAGCCCGUAUCUCGCGUACCAGCACAAGAAAAUGAAGGAGAGACUUCUAAUGUAG